AAUACAUUACCCGCGUUUCCCUCUGUCUGCUCAUCCGUUCCGCGGACAUAGAGUUUUAUAUAUUUUAAUACCCCUAAAGUCAAGCAGUUUUACCGAACAGAGUCUAACGUUAAUUCCUCAACACGUUUUAAUACCAUGUAAAUCUUACUCUUUGUUGCUGUCUUAAAUGUUUUGCGCUUUCUGAGCCUCGACCAGUUGAUGAAACCGAACUAGCAACUGAUCUACAAAGCAGACAUACCAGAGUUAAGAUGGCUAAAAGAAGAAAUGCUUCAAACAUUGUAGUGGCCUGCGAAUGGGCAUCUUGCACUUUCAAGAGUCAAAGUAUGGAGGAGUUGAGUGAUCACAUGUCUCUACAUCUGAAAGAGCAUCUUGGGGAAGGAGACGCCAUGGAGGAACUGGAGGAUUAUCCGUGUCUCUGGAGGGCAUGCGAGUUCCUAGCGAUGGGAAGCCAAAGUGAACUCAUGGCUCACGCACAUUUCCACAUCUUCCACAGCAAGCUGAAAUACAUCGGGACUCAACUUCUUGAGUCGCACCCCGACCUGCCCAGCUGCACUCAGGAUCUCCACAGCAGCAGCAUCGUGCCGGACGUCUCGGAGGGAUUCGUUUGUCAGUGGCAGCACUGUGACAGUUCAUUUAAUAACCCAGAGUGGUUCUACCGGCAUGUAGACAUGCACGCGCACUGCACCGAGCUUCAGCCUCUUCCUGACCGACAGCAGGCUCUCUUCUGCAGCUGGUCAGGCUGUGACGCUUUCUUCAAGAUCAAGUACCGGCUGCGGGAGCAUCUGCGCAGUCACACACAGGAGCGGCUGGUCGCCUGUCCCACCUGCGGCUGCAUGUUCUCCAGCAAUACAAAGUUUUUUGACCAUAUCCAGAGACAAGCUGAACCUGAAGAUUCUCUGACAUGUGGACAUUGUGACAAAGCAUUUGCCAAUGAGAGGCUGUUGAGGGACCAUGUUCGUCAACAUGUGAAUCACAUAAAAUGUCCACUUUGUGACAUGACCUGCACAUCACUUUCCACCUUGAAGAUCCAUAUCAAAUUUCGGCACUGUGACGAGCGGCCCUUUCCAUGUGACUUCUGUGAGAGCAGCUUCAAGAAUCAGCAUGAUCUGCGGAGACACAUGGAAACACACAAUGAAGGAGCAGCGUAUCACUGCACAGUGGAGGGUUGCGGAUACUCCUCACGAAUGGCCCACACAAUGAACCAGCACUACAAACGAGCACACGAGGACAACAUGGUUCCACGGUACAAAUGUCACCUCUGCGACAAAACCUUCUCCUGGUGUUACACUCUGACCCUCCACCUGCGGAAGAAGCACCAGCUCAAAUGGCCAUCUGGACACUCUCGAUUUAGGUAUAAGAAAGACGAGGAUGGGUAUCUGCGGCUCAACAUGGUGCGUUUCGAGACUGUUGAGGUCACAGAAGAGCUGAUCAAGAACAUGGCCGAAAAGCGCACCCCUCGCAAAACCUCGGCUUCAAGUACUCACUCCAAAGAGCCCCUUCUGCAUCUCGACAGUGGAACCAGCACACCUCAAAACUCCUGUUCCUCGCCCUCCUCUCCGUCUUCUUCUUCCUCAGCCUCAGAGCUACUGGACGGGCCAGACAGCGGUGCAGGCAAAGCGGAUGAAGCCUCAGUCUAUUGUGUGUUGAACACAGUGACCGAGAUCAGCGGGGAGACAGAGGAGCUGCUGGAGGCCGGUGGGCCCUCAGGGGCCGUUCGAGCUCUGGCUGCAGUGGCUCGAGGUUUAGGGAUGGAUGUGGUGUAGGAUUACGCAAGUCAUUUGAUCUGAUUUUCCAUUAGGUCAUUUAUUUGUUUUUAAUAACUAAUAUGCACAGUUCAGAAGAUGAUCAAUGAUAUAUGAUAUUGUCUUUUAUUUAGCAUUUUGUUUUUUGUUUAAGGAUCUCAGGUACGAAAUACAUUUUUGUAUUUUGUUUUGUCUGGAAAGUAGCACUGCUUUUUUUAAAUUAACAAAUUUUACCCUGUAUAGUUUUAUCUUUGUCUUUUAAAGGAUGUGUUUUCUUUAUUUUUAAAAUAAUUUAUGUUUAGUUGGAUGGGUUUUUGAGCGCAAACAGCUGUUAAUAUUUGUUGAAUAGUUUGCAUAUUGCAUUGCAUUCCCUUGUUCCAUUGUUGCCUUGAUUUAGUUGCAAAUAGUUGUGUAUAUUUAAAACCCCUUUGGUUUCAAAUGUUUCCAACAUUUAAGAAUAAAGUAAUUUUUCUA